AUGAGUCAUCAAGGUAUUUAUGAAUUUUUUAGUGGGCUCAGGACCACAGGAGGAGGCGGUGCGGUGUGUAGUCGGCGGCAACGUCGGCCGCGCGACAUUGGCACAGUUGCGCGCGACCUCACCACGCCGCGCAAGUCGCGAGCGAGGUCGCGAAUAAACGCCCCAAAACAACCAACUAACACUGCACUUGAAUUCCGGCACGCCUGA